AUGAUGCUACAGAAACGAGAAGCAAAGGAACCAGCAAAGACUGUUGUGGCUGUAGAAGGAAACAAAGCCAACGAGUUUUUAAACACAUUAAAGCGUUCUAAACGCCAGCUUUGGGACCGGUCUCGACCUGAAGUGCAGCAGUGGUACCAGCAAUUCCUCUACUUGGGCUUUGAUGAAACUAAAUAUGAAGAUGACAUGUCUUACUGGAUGAACCAAGGUCGUGCUGGUAAUGAAUACUAUGGUGGUUUUCACCAACACCAUUAUGAUGAAGAUGCAGCUAUAGGCCCUCGCAAUCCAUAUACUUUCAGGCAUGGGGCUGGAGUGAAUUACGAUGAUUAUUAG